AUCGAACGUCCGCACCGGAGCCGGGCGCAGGCCGAGCGGCGCGGGCCAAUCAGCGGCGGCGGCUCGCGGCCCCCGAACGUUGGGACAGCGGCCCCGCCCCGCGCCGUUGUUUGUGGUGUCGGCGGCCGCGGGAGCCGGGCCGGGACACUCGCCGGGCGGGCGGCGGGCGGCUAGGGGUCCGGAGGCCGCGGGCGGGCGGGCGGCGAGCGCGAGCCGAGAGCGGCCGGCCUCCCGCGGCCGCCGAGCCGGAGUCGCGCGGCGGCCGGAGCCAUGUCGGUGAACAUGGACGAGCUGCGGCACCAGGUCAUGAUCAACCAGUUCGUGCUGGCCGCGGGGUGCGCGGCCGACCAGGCGAAGCAGCUGCUGCAGGCGGCCCACUGGCAGUUCGAGACCGCCCUGAGCACGUUUUUCCAAGAAACCAACAUUCCCAACGGCCACCACCACCACCAGAUGCAGAUGUGCACCCCCAGCAACACACCUGCCACGCCGCCCAACUUUCCUGAUGCACUGGCCAUGUUCUCCAAGCUUCGUGCCUCGGAGGGCUUGCAGAGCGGCAACGGCCCCAUGACGGCCGUGGCCUGCUCCCCCCCUGCAAACUUCAGCCCCUUCUGGGCCUCGUCCCCCCCUGGCCACCAGGCCUCUUGGAUCCCACCCUCCUCGCCCACGGCCCACAGCUUCCACCACCUGCACCACCCACAGCCCACGUGGCCCCCCGGAGCACAGCAGGGGGGCUCCCAGCAGAAAGCCAUGGCCGCCAUGGAUGGCCAGAGAUGACACUGGAUGCUGCCAGGCGCUGGGCUGGAGCUGGGGGGCAGCCCAGGGUCGCGGAGACACAGGAGGGCCAGGGUGGGGGGAGCUGGGGCGGGCGGGGGUUUCCUGAAGAUCGCACUGGAAGAUUUUAUAAAAAGAAUUGUUGUGGGGGGGGGCGGGGCUAGUAAACUUCCUGAGCCACUUGGGUCCUUCAGGAGUUUCUCUUCAGGCAAGUUUUUUCUCUUUUUAAUAUAUAACUAUAAUAUAUAAAUAUAUAAAUGUAACUAAUGUAUGAGAAUGGAGCUGGCUGGUCGGGGUCAGCAGGGAAGGGCCGGAGCGUCCUCCCCUUUGGGCCGGCACCCCUCCCUCCACCCCUGGUGCCGGGGCAGGUGCUUGGGGGCCAGGUAUCUUGCUAGCUGCCUCCCCUCAGAGGUCAUGCCUUCUGGAAUCAGAAGAGGACCCCCGUGGAGCCACUCCAAGGAGUUCCGUGGCCGCAGGGGCUCCCAGAAGUGCCCGGCGGCCGGAGGGGUGGAGGUCUCCUCGCCGUCGGGCGCUCUCCCCACCCCGGCUUCCUCAGCGGCCCCGCAGCUCCCCGGGGUCCCCCCAUCUCCAGCUGGAUGUGCGGGGCUUGUGCGGAACUAAGGAGCCGGCUUGGGUCAAAGGCCCAGGCUCUGCCUAGCCGGGGGACCCGAUUCUCCACGGCCACCCUGCCUCUCCCGCUGUGCGUCCCGUCCGAGUGGGUGACAGAGUGGAGAGCUUGCCUUUGGAUUUAGUUCCCAAAUCAAUCAUCUCACCAGGGUGAAAUUUUAAUUUAAAGACUUAAAAAGAGACUUUUCUAACUUUC